CUACCCGUCCGCAUCAUACUUCAUGGCGACACUGCCAGUCGGGCUGCUUGAGACAGCCCCAGUUUAGACGCCGCCCAGUAGCCCAGCCAGCCAGCCAGACAGCCAGCCAGCCACUACCAACACCGCCUGUGCCCAACAGCAACCACCAGAUGACUACAGGCCAGGACGAGUGCGGCAUGUGUGCGCCGCCCGCCACCGGCGCCAGUGUGCUCCCGCACCCGCGCUACAACACCAAGGCCGCCCGGCUCCGCACCUUCAAAGACUGGCCCAAGAGCAUGAAGCAGAAGCCCGAGGAGCUCGCCGAAGCCGGCUUCUACUACACCGGCCAGAGCGACAAGACCAAGUGCUUCUACUGCGACGGAGGACUCAAGGACUGGGAGGAGGACGACGUCCCGUGGGAGCAGCACGCGCGUUGGUUCGACCGGUGCGCGUACGUUCAGCUCGUCAAGGGAGAAGAUUACGUCCAGAAGGUCAUAUCGAAGGCGUGCGUCAUCCCCAAAAUGGUACCCGAUGUGAAAACUAACAAGUAA